AUGGUUGGCAGCCAGGAGGUGGUGCAGGCGGGAAAGGGCAAGGAGGCCGCAGCCGCAGCAGCAUACGGCAAGCUCAGCAAGGACGACCCGCUCAAGCAGCACUACGAGGCCCUCUGGCCAGAGCUCGCCGCAGCCAAGCCACCAGCAGAUCAACCAGUCGUUGGAUUCAAGGCAGUGGAGGCAGCAGCUCGACGCUUGGACAAACUCCAGAAGAAGGUACGAUCGGCAGGGGAGCAAGUGGAGAGUGCCCAGCAGUACUUGGCUGAGAGUGAACGCAAGCUUCGUGAAGCUAUGGAAGCAUCCAUUGCAGCAGAAGAUGAAUUCGACAAGCUCAAGGCCACAGUCAGCAAGCAAGAGGUACCAGCCGAACCCGCAGCCGAGAAGCCAACGCUGGCAGCCCUCCUGGAGCAGUUCGAGCACGAGCCUGACGACUUCCACAAGUGGUCCGAGCCAGACAAGGAGGUCUGGCGAGCUGCAAAGGCCAAGGGCGAGCGCAUGGCCCAGACGGUCAAGGAGCACGAGGAGGAGACGGCGAAGCACCUGCGACUCCUGGAGGAAGAGACGGCCAGGCACCAGGAGCAGCUGCGCCAGCUCGAGCAGGAGCCACCACAGGCGCUGAGGCAGCAGGGUCAGCUGCUGCGGCUGCGCCUAACGGCGCCGCGGCAGCUGCCCAACCAGAAGCAGGUGCAGCAGAACAUGACAAAGCAGAGGAGCGCCGAGCCAGAGUGGAGGCCCACAUCCAGGAGGCGCGAGAGAAGGUCUCGCAGGCCAGGCGCGCCGAGACAGUCGUCGACGCAGAAGGGCAAGGUGACCACUCAGCAGGGUAGCCGCCCCAAGGCGAGCGCGAAGAAGGCUCGCCGCCCUUACCACAUCGACUUCUUCAAUGUCACGACCUGGGGCCCCCAGGCACAGGGCUACCUCAUGGAGAUCAACGACACCAAGGACAGGGACAUAAUCGGCAUCGCGGAGCACCACCUCCGCCAGCCUGCGCAGAUAGGCAAGGCAAGAGCGGCGCUCAGGAGGAAUGGCAUGCACAGCUACUGGACCAAGGCACGGCCAGGAGAAGGAGAAGGCACUCGUGGAGGAACGCGUGCCAUAACGCGAGGAUCCUUGGACGUCCAGGACAGGAUCGCGGGCUUCGACGAGCACUACCUGCACGAGGACGGCAGCGACGUCAAGGUGGUGAUCUCCAACCUGCACAAGGUCCGCUUCGCAGUGGCCUUCGUCCACCUCGAGUGUGGGACGGGCUUCGGAGAGAGGAACGUCGACAUCCUCUGCGACCUGCGGGAAAAGAUGGCCGUCUGGGGAGGGCCAUGGGCAGCGCUUGGGGAUUUCAACAUGACGCCGUCGGAGCUCAACCACAGCAUCUGGCCCAGGGUGCUGAAUGCUCAAGUAGCAGCGGCGGAGGAUGGCGCCACCACGUGCUUCCCAGCAGGAGGCGAAGCCAGGUGCAUCGAUUUCGCGCUGAUCUCGCAGGGCCUGGCGCCGUAUUUUGACCAGCUAGAGCUGCUCAGGACCGUGCCGUGGAAGCCGCACAUUGGCAUCCGCUUGAAGCUGAGAGGGCGGCCUCUAAAGCUCAAGGGCAGGGUACUUCGCAGGCCAGCAGCCAUAAAGCCACCAGUCGCAGUUGCGAGAAUGCUGAAGUCCAGAGCCGCUUGCAGGCGAGCGGCGCGAGGAGGCCAGGAGGCCAUGCGCCGACGUCAGCAAGCGCUGGCAGAGGCAGGAUGCGACCAGGAAGGAAACGACAUGGAGCCAGUGCCGCAGCUGUACUACGACAAGGAGGUCCAGCACGUCAUCCCUGACGAGCUGUGGCAGGCCACCUCCGAGAGGGUCAGCUUGCGUGUCUACGACGAGUUGCCCCAGCACUUGCAGCACACUGUCGUCGGCAAGAUGAUGGAGCGGGACAUGCUGGAUCUCGGGCAACAGUACGAUCACUUCGCUAGCACACUCGAGCUCAGCCUGUGCGAGAGCAUCGGCAUCCCAGGGCGCAACACUAUGGACAUCCAAGAUCACGACCCCUUCGAGGAUGAGGAGGAGUACUUGGAGUACCGCCAGGAGAUCGCAGACCAGGAAAACAGCGAUGGGUACCACCAACACAUCGAGGGGCAGCAGGCCAGCCUCGAGUCCAGCCAGACCGCUCGCCGUCGAGCAGCUGGACCUGAUUCUCACCCACCAGCAGGACGCAGCACCAUGGACGUCCAAGACCACGACCCCUUCGAGGAAGAGGAGGACCGCUUCCAGAACCGCCAGGAGACCGCAGACCAGGAGGACUGCGAUGGGUACCACCAGCGUAUCGAGGGGCAGCUGGAUGGCAACGGCUACGGCCAGACCGCACCGCCGCCAAGCCCAGAGGCAGAUGAGCAACGAGAUAUGGGCCUGCCCCCUACAGACCCCUGGAAUGACGACCAACACCAGCGGGAGCGGGAAGACUACGUGGCCAUGAGAGACGACCUGGAGUACUGGGCGGCCAUCUGGAUGGAUAACUUGGUGCAGCUCCCCACGGACAACAGCAACUGGAUGCAGAUCUGCGCGCCGCUCCUGGAGACCAUCCUGGGAGGUACAGGCAGUGGCCAGAGUAGCCGCCGAGCGCAGCAGGUCCGCACCCACAGUGGCCGCCAGACGCAGCAGCAGAUCAACACAAGACAGCAGCUUGCGCAGCAGCUCAACCAGCCUGACCCAGGCAGGCUGAACGAUGAAGGUGCAGCCAAGGACCAGCAGCAGGCCCUCCUCGCAGACCUGCACGCCAUAGCAGAGGGCGCCCUCGUGGACCCAGGGACGAUCAGCAGGGUAGCAGAGGAGGUAAAGAACAUGGCCAAGCUACUCACAAAGGCGGUGAAGAAGGCGUACAUACACUGGGUGCACGACGCAACGGCUGGCAGUGCGAAGAUGGCCCACGCCUACACCAAAGCAGCGGAGCGCAGCCAUCUGGAGGACAUCCUAGAGCACGAGGGUCAGGUCAUCAACCACCCGCAGCAGCUGGUGGACUUGCGCAAAGAAGCAUGGCAACGCAGGUGGACACGAGAUGCGCAGAAGGCCGAGAGGAUCCAAGAGGCGCUGGCCAAGCUGAGGCAGGCUGCCCUGGCCCAAGAGAAUGCCCUCGAGCCCAUCAGCAAGGACAUCAUAGGCUCCAUCAUCCAGCACCUGAAGAGCAAUGCAGGCCAAGGAGCGGACUGGUGGAGGGCUCCAGAGCUCAAGGCCAUGGGAGCCCAGGGGCUGGAAGAUUUCGUGCAGUGCCUGACCAGCUGCGAGCAACGGGCAGCCUGGCCGUGGCAAUUCUACCUGGUGCUGGAGCUGCUGCUGGGUAAGAAGCCAGGAAUCGGGGGAGAGCGCCCCAUCGGCCUCAUGCCCAUGCCGUACCGCAUCUGGAGCGCAGCCAGGAGGCCCAUAGUAGCCACCUGGAGCAAGGCAGCGGCGGGCUUCUGGGAUACGGCAGUAGCUGGCUCCUCAGCGCUACGAGUGGCAAUGCACAGACUUAUGAGGGCAGAAGCCGCCACGGAGAUGGGCUUUCAUGCAGCAGGAGUGUUCUACGACGCGGCAAACUUCUACGACAACAUAGGCCUCGACCAGCUGAUCGAGAAGGCCAGUGCCCUCCAGUACCCGUUGCUGCCGCUGGCAAUGGCCGUGCAGAUGUACCUUGCGCCCAGGGCCAUCAUGGCCCACAGCCUCUUCUCGGACAUCUUUGAGCCUGCCAACAGCAUGGUAGCAGGCUGUGGCCAAGCGGUAGACCUCACCAGACCGCUCUUGUAUGGAAUCCUGGAUGCAGCGCACAGGCACCAUAUCUUCGUCGUCAUGCAGCAGUACCUGGACGACUUGGCCCUGCAGGUAGAGGGCGCGCGGCGGCAGGUCAUUGACCAGAUCAAGCACGUGGCGGCGCUGGUGCACGAUGGUUUCAAGCAGCUCGCGAUCCCCAUCUCAGUCAAGACGGCAGUGGUGGCCUCGGACAAGGACCUCCAGGCAGAAGUCGCCAGCAUCCUGGACAGCCUGGGCACCCCCAACAAGCAACCAGGGGUAGUGCGCGACCUCGGCGUGGACACCAGCCUUGGGAAGCAACUGCGGCGACCCACCCAUGCCGCGCGCCAGGCCAAGGCCAAGCAGAGGGUGGCCAAGCUCAGGGACCUGGCGGAGACGGACGCCAGAGGCGCGGCAAAGGUCUAUGCAGCAGGUGCCUACUGCCAGCAGGCUUGGGACUUACCAGCGCACGGCAUCACGCCCACGGAGGCGAAGUUGGUCAGGGCAACGGAGGCAGCGCUCCUCACAGGCGGACACAAGGCUGGACGCUGCACGUCCACCAUCCUCCUGAUCCAGAGGGGUAUGCAAGAGGCAGUAACCCGAGCCAUCGGCGACCAGAUCAAGCAGUUCUGGCUCACCGUAGUCGACCACCCGACGGAGCUCAAGAGGUACCAGAGGGGCUGGCUCCUGCUCUACGCCAAGCUGGGCGCCCUGGAACCCAACCGCAG